GGGACUGCAUCGUUAUAGUGACUAUAAAUAUUGUCAUAUAGUGAAGUUCGUGGACUAAAUUGUUUAAAAAAUCGAAAGGAAAUAAACCAAUAUUAUUAGUUUCAUGAAAGAUUAGAGACCAAAACCUGAAUUUAAGGAAGAAGUAAAAAAGAAGAGAAGUAUAGUUUUAAAGGAAAGGGUUUUAUUAUUGGGAAUGAGAGAAAAAGGAUAGCCAUAUAAGUCAUUGGUUUGGAUUUGAAUAUAUCGUAUCCCAAAUUUAUACCUCUUCAUGAAGGAUAAAGGAUAUACGUUAUUUUGUGGCUGUCAUGUCAAACUUCAAAUGAAUUCAAGAAAGAAACAGAAAGCCCAUCUCAAACUCAAACAAAAGGUGUGGAAUGAAAUCUGCUGAAGUUCUGAAGCCAAACUUGGAAGACGGUCUAAUUUUGUCAUAUAACAAUAAAUACCAAAGAAUUAAACCUAAAGCUAUCUCAUGAGAUUAAUUAAGAUGCUCGUGGAUUUUUGGGAGGAAAAUAGGUGCUUUAUCUACUAAUAGAAAUUGUCAGGGUAAGACUAUACCUCUUUAAAUAAAAUUGUUAAAACAUAUAUUCUUAAUUGAGAAUUUAAAAUUCUUCACUUACAUAUGUGUUAUUUAUUCUGGUUUUCUUUGAUCAAUCCUAAAUUUCGAAUGCCAAAUCUUUGAAUGUACUUUAUAUGUCCAUGAUUUUACAUUUGUCACUCAUUGUCUAUCACUUUAUUACUAAAAAUUGUAGUAAUUGCAAUUAUUAUUAUUAGGAUAGAUUAAAAAUAUCUGUAUGCGCUAAAAUAGAAAUAAAAAUAAAAAUUGAAAAGAGCGUUAGCGAACAAGAAAGGCGCCACGUAAUAUCCUUCAAUCACCUCUUACGUGUACGCAAAGUCCGUUUUCAUUUCUUCUUUUUCACUAUUCAUAUUCUUCCAAAUAUUUCUCUCCAAUCUGCUUCCAUGGCUGCGCCGCCGCGCUCCGUUCACUAUCAAUUCCGCUCCUCCUUGCCCGACGUUCCCCCACGAUCGCCGUCUCUUUCCGUUUCCCUUCCCAAACUUAAGCCUGCCGAUUCGGAAACUACCCCAAAGAUCGUUCUGCAGCCUCGUUUAUGCACUCUCAGAUCCUUCGGAUCCGAUCCGCUCGUUCCUAUCAAGACUAAGAGAGUAUCUACUCGAGACGAUGCUUCAAACGACGAAGUUUCUCCGUUCUUCGUGACUCUGUCGGAGUACAUCGAGAGUUCGAAGGAUAGCCAUGAAUUCGAGAUCAUCUCCGGCCGCCUCGCUAUGAUUGUGUUUGCGGCGACUGUAACAAUGGAGGUAGUCACCGGAAAUUCAGUAUUCAGAAAGAUGGAUCUGGAAGGGAUUGAGGAAGCAUUAGGAGUAUGUUUGGGGGCCGUUACCCUGGCGGCCAUUUUCGCUUUCUCCUCCAACGCUCGAAACAGAGUAGGUCGAAUCUUCAGCAUCAGCUGCAAUACCUUCAUCGAUUCGCUUAUUGAUCAGAUCGUCGACGGUCUUUUCUACGAAAACGACACCGGCGAUUGGUCCGACGACACUUGAAUGCUCCGGCGUUGGAAACAGAGAGGUAAGUAAUUUGUGUAUAUAAAUUAUUAAAUACAAGUGGAAUUGAAAUACAUUCAAUUCAACGGUGUAAGUAAUUUAUGCAUACGUAUAUAGAUGAACUUCAUCUGAAUUGAGAAAGAAUCUGAAAUAGCUAAAGGGUUGAGUAAUUUUGAUUAUGUUUUGUUAUUCUAAGCCCAACUAUUUCAUGAUUGAAGAAGUUCCACUUCUUUUUAGGUAAAAAUUUAGAGAAGAAUGCAUGAAAUGUAAAAUCAUACUAAGCUUUUAUAGUGAGACAUUGCUAUUUAGGCAAAUGUCUAUAUAUAUAUAUAUGCAUGUGUGUGUGUAUAUACAUACAUAUGUGGAAUUAUAUGCA